UGUGAAGUUGAAAACUGUGCUUUCUCUCUAUUUUUUUGCUUGUAAAGCUCGUUCUAUUCUCCUCUGAGGAAAAUGGUCUUUGAAAGAGCCUGUACGUAGUGUAGAUGUAAUGCUUGUGUUUGGCUGUGCGCACUAGCUGGCUCGCUGCAUCGCGAAGUAGUAUUUUGGAGUAGAGACUUGUGAAGCACUUCUACUCACUCCUGGCAAGUCGGACUGCCCAGUAUCAUCCUCGAUCAACGCGUGCGGUGCGGGGCAGCAAGCUUGGUUUUGUACUCGCAGUCCACGCUUUCAUUUGCAAAAUGGAAGGUAAUGGCGCGCCCCUCCACGGGCUGCUCUUGCUCCUCGUAGCGCUUUUCUCAAGCGCACCAGUCUGCCUCGGAUCCGGAGUUAGCGGGUCGGUACCGUCGGGCGUUCCGGAGCUCGUUGGGCACUUGAAGCCGUUCGGAUUCCAACGACCAGCCGAGUAUCCCAUCGACGAGGUGAUUGAUCCGUACUCGCUGACACCUGAACAAUUCUACACACAGUAUGUGGAGGCUGUACGUCCGGUAGUGUUCCGUGGCGCAGCCAAGCACUUCAAAGCCUAUAGCGAAUGGACCAAGCCUCGCCUGAUGUCGCAGUACGGCAAGCUUGAACUAAGAAUCGAGCCGCGCAAGGACGGCUCAGCCAAGCACCCGGUGGGCGCGCUGGGGUUCGGCCGCGACACCAUGGAGAACUUUGUGCGUGGCCUGGAGACGUCGGAUAACUACGUGGUAUCGGAGCUGCCCUCGCCCAUGUACGGCGAUGUGGAGCUGCUACCGUGCAUGUCGUGCGGUCGGCUGCUGCGUAAGGUAAGCGAGGUCAACCUGUGGAUGAGUGGUGGGGGGACACGCAGUCGCCUGCACCGCGACGCCUUCAACGCCAUCAACUGCCAGAUCAACGGCACCAAGGACUGGAUCAUGAUCCCGGCCAAUCAAACCGACAACGUGUACUUCAAGGCAUCCAGCGACUGGGAGCUGGGUGGGCUGUCGCCGGUGAACACCGACUCCAUCGACCUGAAGAAGUACCCCAGAAUCCGGGACGUGCCCUGGGGCAUCACCACAGUAGAGGCUGGGGACUGCAUCUACGUUCCGGGAGGUCACUAUCAUCAAGUCAGGUCUUACGGCUUGGUUAACGUUGCCGUGUCCGUGCUCUUCUCCCGCCUGGAGUCCCCGCACGCUCUCGGCUUUGACCCGGCCGAAUGCCGCGGUUUGGAGCCGAGGUUUGUGCCGCUGAGCGAAACGCCGGAGAUCCUGUGGGCGUACCCGGGUCAUGGAAUGAUGACGAUGGGAUGCAUUGAUGAUAACGCAAUGGUAUCCAUGAUCUUCUCCAUGAGUGAUGGUAAACCGGUGUCAAAGAAGCAGUUCUUCGCACAAGAGAACACCCCCUUUGAUCAAGGAGAUGGAGGGAAGGCAGUGAAAAAGAUCUGGAAGCUGCUUGACACGGAUCAAGACGGCCUCAUCUCGCGCUCCGACAUCGGUAACAUUUCACGCGACGACUGGCGCGAGAUGUCUCACAUCAUGGAGCCUGACGUGGUCUUCUCGAACUCCUACGAUUACGAGUAUGCCGUGCUGGAUUACACCAUGGUCAGAACUGUCCUGAGUCGUGCAUUGCAAAAGCAAGGCAAGAUGAGCAGAGAGGACUUCACCAGUGUAUACACAGAGGUGAUCCGUGGAAGUGACUACUAUGCCAACAAGCUGUUUGACCAGCUGGACAAGGCCAAGAAGGGUGCCAUUACCUGGAAGAAGGUGAAGAAGGGACUGCUAGAGGAAGUUCUGGAGCCUUUCCUGAUGUCCGAGGAAGAAGACGGUGGAAAUCACUUUGCCGACGGAGAUGGCGACGACGUAGCGGGGGAGGAGGAAGCCCUGGAUGGAGCGGAUCUGAUGCGGAGCGUGAUGGGCCGCGAUGAAGGUGACAUUGAGGGCGACGAGAGUUUGAGCGAUUCUGAGCGGGAAAUGGCGCUGGAAGAGUACCAGGAGCGUGCCUCACACGUCAGCGACAUCCUGGGCUUGGACCAGGAUAGUGAGGCCGACACCGACAGUGACAAUGAAGGCGGCGAAGAGGAAGAAGAGGACGGUGACGACGAAGAUGACCCAGAGAAUGCCCGACUACAGGAGCUGUAUCGAACUCACAUGGAGAAGGUGGAGCGUGAAAGCCACGAACAAGACCGCCUUCCUGAGGCCACCGAGGAGCUCGAGGAAAUUAUGCCUGCUCAGGGUGAUGCUGCAGAAACGUCUCGCAAAGCAAAGACUGAGCUUUGAAGAAUCAGUUUCCCACCAUUUGCGAUUCGUUCUAAGCGCGCUACUGAUCGAUAUUAUGCUGUGGUGAGGUCCUAGUAGAGUAUUAAUGUCCAUUCCAUUCAUGUCGACCUAGUCCUCAAGAUUUCAGCACACAUCAUGUACUGAGUAGUUCCACUCCAUGUCACAAGAGUUCUCCGGAGACUCAGUCGACAAACAUGCAUACCAGUACAUGCCCCUCAUUCUCUCAGACAUACCAGCUACAAUUCCAGUGGCAUCGAGUGCGGACACCUGCCUGAUUCCACAGUGUUCCUCUGCGCAAUCUAUACCGAUUUCUAUCGAAACACUUAUGAAUAUCGGAAGAUUUGUAUUUGAUUUCAGAUUCUAUUACGAAAAAAUCUCUAUGGCCACUGAGCUGAAUAUUCACGUUAUCUGCAGAUAAGCAGAACCCGCAAGAUUUAUAUGAUAUUGUGCCCCUGUGUUAGGCUCAUAUUUCUGUCCCACCGUGUGGUGAUGUCAAUCUCCGGUGCGUCAGUUAUAUUUCCACUGUGUGAGGUUUGAACAGUGAACACACAAGCGUCGGCACAAUGCUGGUUUGCUUUUCACACUGUGUUUGUGUCUGAGUAGCAGCCAUCAUGCCAGUGAUUUAUCCCAGUUUUUUUUAGCUAAACUACUUUGCUUGUAUUCCAAAAGAUAUUUCUUACAAAAAGCCUGUAAAACUGACUUGUAUGUACACUGA